AUGCGUUUCGAAUUCACACUCUGGACAGCACUGCUGUCGUAUGUCGCUCCCGCGCUUGGUGGCAACCUCCUCGUGGGGUACUAUCCUACGUGGAAGCAUGGGAAUAUCUCCACCAUGGACUUGUCCAACUACACUCACAUCAACAUUGCCUUUGCAAUACCCAACGAGCAAGGAGCCCUGAAGUUUGAGGGCGACGCCUUCAUGGACAAGGUUGUUCCAAAGCUCCAGGGCGGCGGCUCCAAGGUCCUCGUGUCCGUCGGCGGAUGGUCAGGCUCGGCGAACUUCUCGACAAUCGUCAAGGACACUGCUUUGAGUGGUACUCUGACCAAGAACAUCAUCGACAUGAUGAAGAAGUACAAGCUGGACGGCAUCGAUAUUGACUGGGAGUUUCCGGGCCGAAAAGGGAGUGACUGCAAUACCGUCGACGAGCAAAAUGACGCGACCAAUUUCCUCAAGUACUUGACCGACUUGCGGGCCAAGAUGGAUGAGGCCCUUGGAAAGGGCAAGCUGAUUACGUUGGCGCUGCGAGUACAGCCUUUUGACGGACCCGGCGGCAAGGACGUUUCGGGAUUCGCCAAGGUGGUCGACUUUGCAAAUCUGAUGCAGUACGAUCUUAACGGCGCGUGGGGCGAGACAAGCGGUCCUCUUGCCCCCUUGAACUUCGAGAAGGGUAAAGGGACACAGCAGUCGUUUGCGACUGCGAUUGAGGAAUGGACCAAGGCAGGCUGGCCGGCUAAGCAACUCACAGGCGGCGCUGCGUUCUACGGCUAUUCAGCCACGGCGACCGAGGACAUGUUGAAAUCUAACCCCCCAAGCCAGUACGCCAAGAUGGCAAAGGAGCGCCCAAAGGGAGACCAAGACGAUGAGAUGGUUACAGAGCCAUGCUCUAGCGCAGCAGCCACAUAUACCGGCAUCUGGGUGUACAAGAAUCUCCGAAAACAAGGAGUACUGUCUUCGCCUGAUACCGCAGAAGCCCCCUGGGUGAGGACCUUUGAUAAUAAGACAAUGACCCCUUGGUUGUUUAAUCCUCAAACGAAAACUUUCAUCUCGUACGAUGACCCGCAGAGUUUGGCGGCCAAGGUCAAGUUUGCAGAGUCCAAGGGCUUGGGCGGAAUGAUGGUGUGGAGUAUUGAGCGAGAUUACAACGGCGAGUUGUUAAGUGAGCUCAAAAAGUUUAGUUCCAAGUGA